AUGGUACAACAUCAACCAAUUUUAUUUUCAGAUCAUGCUGCCAUUGUUUUAUCUGACUCGAUACGAGUCAGAGAAUUUUAUUGGUUCUCCAAUGUAUUCUUUGUCUCGAAAAUUGUCUAUUAUUCGAAAGAAGUUGUUGGACUGUUGCAGCUACCUUCACUGUCUACAGAGCAACAAAAUCAGUUACUGGUUCUGUUUUCUCCUCAAGAGAUUCAGGAAGCUAUGUUCGACAUAGAUGAUAACAAAUCUUCUGGCCCUGAUGGUUUCUCUUCAGCUUUCUUUAAGUCUCACUGGCAGGUGGUGGGCUCUUCGGUGGUUACUACGGUGCAGUUUUUCUUUGCUCAUGAUUAUAUUCUGAAAGAGUGGAAUCGUACUUUUCUGAAUUUCCAAAAUGCCUUUGUUUCGGAGAGGCUUAUAUCAAACAAUGGCUUAAUAGCUCACGAGCUUCUUGCUUUUAUGAAUGCUUCAAAAGCUAGAAAACGCUUUUAUGCAGCUUUAAAGUUGGACAUGAACAAGGCUUAUGACCAUGUCCGUUGGGAUUUCGUAUUCCGGGUUUUGCGGUUGUUUGGUUUUCCUUCAUAUUGGAUUCACAUUAUUCAACAAUGUGUUUCCACAGUGUCGUAUCAGGUUUUGUUCAAUGGGAAUCCUUCGCCGAGCUUCAAGCCUCAAUGUGGUCUUCGACAAGGCGAUCCUCUUUCUUCAUAUCUGUUUGUUCUUUGCAUGGAUGUUCUUUCUAUUAUGUUGCAUAAGGCGGAGGAGCAAGCACUUUUUCAUGGGAUUCGUAUCUCUCGAGGAGCUCCUUCCAUCUCACACUUGUUCCUUGCAGAUGAUUCGUUGUUGUUUUUUCAGGUUUCUCCUUCGGCUUAUGAUCAGGUUCUAGAUUUGUUGCAGGAGUUUAUUGCUAUGUCUGGUCAAAUGAUUAAUUUGUAG